UUUUACAAAGCAGCAACAACAAAUAUGGUUGUAAUUAUACCAAAAUCAGAAAAAGAAUUUACAGAUAUUUCUUAUUGGAAAAAAUUUUUUAAGCAUAAUUCUUCAUUUGAAUGGUAUGGAGAUUAUUCAAAACUUGGACAAAUUUUUGAGAAAUAUAUUAAAUCUACAGAUUUUAUUUUACAAAUUGGUUGUGGAAAUUCUUCUUUGGCUGAUGAUCUUUAUGAUAAUGGUUAUAGAAAUAUUUUGAGUAUAGAUACUGAUCAGAAUGUAAUCGAUAAACAAAAUAAAAAGAAUUGUGAGAAUAGGCCAACAUUAAAAUUUAAAAAUUGUUCUGCUUCAAAUAUUGAUUUACAAAAUUCUUCUGUAAAUGUAAUAAUUGAUAAAGGAACAUUAGAUGCUUUACUUCCCUCAAAAUAUUCAGAAAAAGAAUAUAUUUUAGUAACUUUGGCACAAGAUCAUAUUAUUCAAAAAUUGUUAAAUUAUUUUGAUAAAAAUCAAUUUAUGAUUCGUUUUCAAAAAUGUUUUCAAUCUGGAAAAGAAUUUGUAAUGCCUGUUUUCGCUGUUAUUAUUACUAAAUUAAAAAUCCCUUUACCUCAAAAACGUAAAAUUGAAUAUUUAAAUGGACUAGAUAUACAACCAGAAUUAAUUGAAACUUCAGAAAAGUUAAUAGAGAGAAUAAAAGCAGAACAACAAUUGAGUUGGUUUAAACAUUAUAUAUCAAGAGGACCAAUUGAAGAGGCUUCUCUUAAAAUUUAUUUUUCAAAUGGAAAAGAAAGAUAUGAACUUUUUAUAAUAGAUGAAUAUAAUAUAAAGAAAUUAACUAAAUAUGGAGUUUUUAUUGUACCUUUGGGAAGAGAAAAUGAUUGGAUUUUUGUAACGACAAAAGGACGUCAAAAUCUUCGAAUGAAUUGUCAGUUACAUAGAUUAAUUAUGGUUCGAUUAUUUCGUGACCAAGAUUACCAAUCACUUGAUGCAAUACAAAAUGAAUUAAAUAAUAUAAUUCUUGAUUUUAUGCCAAAAGAUUGUAUUAACCAAAAAAUAAAUUAUUUAUCGUUGGGUUCAACAGAUGUUAGCGAAACUAUUGAAACUGGAAAUUCCAAAAUAAAUGGGAAAUGGACUGUAGAACAUGUUAUUGCUAAUGAAUUGACAUAUAGGCGUUUAAUUUUUUUAGAUAGUUCAAAUUUAGUUCAAUCAGAAGUUGAAGUUAAUAAAAUAAAAAAUAAAACAAAAGGAGAUGAAGAAGAAUGGAAAAUUAAUUGGUCAAAUCCUUUUAGCUGUGAGCAUCACAAAAAUAUGACUUUGGCUCUUAAUUUUCUUUUUGAUAUAGAAGGAAAAAGUAUUUUAUUAGAAAAUGUUUUAAAUAAAAAGUUGAGAAUUGCGGUGCUUGGAGUGGGUGGAGGAAUUAUUUUAAAAGCUUUUCAUGAUAUUUUAAUAAAUUCAAUUUUUGUUGGUGUUGAGUUAGAUGAGGAAGUUGUAGAAAUUGCUUCCAAACAUUUUGAAUUCCCCAAAAAUUCAGAACGGAUAAAAAUUGUUAUUUGUGAUGCAAUUAAUUUUAUAAAAGAAUCUGCUGAACAAGUUGAUAAAUUCGAUAUAAUUUUUGUUGACUUGUCCGGACAAGUAAAUCCAGAAGGUUUGUAUUGCCCUCCAUCUCAAUUUGUUACAAAAGGAGCUUUGACAUUUAUGAAGAAAAUGAUUAAAAAUGGAGGAGUAUUGGCGUUGAAUUUAGUUACUAGAGAUGAACAAACUUCUAUAGAUGUAAAGAAAACAAUAAAAUCUGUUUUUAGUUCAGUCUAUUGUGUUAGAGGAGAUGAGGAUGUUAAUGAAAUUGUUUUUUGUUCACUUUCACCUAAGAAUGAAAUUGACGAGAUGAUUAAGGAGACAAAAAGUCGACAAAUUCCUUCAAAUAUAUGCAACUGGUUAAAGGAAUAUACAGACAGAAUAGAAAAAAUUGUUGAAUUUACAAUUUAA